CUGAGGUCUAAUGUAAUUUAAUCAUCAGGUAUUCCAGGAGAUUCCAUGCGUGUGCCAGGCAAGCUCAGGCACAAGAUGCGUCGAGCAGCGCGUGUUGUUCUGUUGUGCUGUGAAAAGAAAGCCUGGUCUCGCGGACACGGUCCGCACGGUGGCGGGCCAACGCAACUGCACACCCCGCCUGGUGACCAAUGAGUUACAUAAGAGGACUUCGAAGAUGCAAAACUGUGUCUUUGUGUGUCUGCUGUCGUCAAGAAUUCGAACUGGUCUCCCUGUCCUUGGGAAAGGCGUCAAGUUGCUCGACUCCUGCCCACUGGCCUCCGCAAGGGAAGCUCGGAACCCCGGACCCGAUCACCUACCCUGCCUAUGUCGGCCCACCUGCUCGGCCAAUUGUUAUUCGUUUCGCAAGCUGACUAUUAUACCACUGGAUAGCGCUUUGAUCAGCUCUACAUUCGUCGCCAACAGCUUGGACCCCGGAAUUCGGUCCAGCCACACUGGUGCUCUUGGUGACGAGUUAAUAUAGCUGAUCGAACGCUAUCCAAUGGUGUCGUGAGCUCGCGGAACGAAUAAUAAUUGGCCGAGCAGACACUAAGCCGAAACCACGACUGGAGAUGGCGGAGGUCGAUCUGAUAUAUCCAAGUCAAGGUCAGUCUGAGCCUUUCCUCUUGCUUGAGCUUGACGAAUGAUAGGGCUUGACGACACGUCGAGUGUCGAUGUGUCGAAGACUCCGCCUGCCCGUCGUUGUUGACUGUUGUUGAAGUUAGUUCGAAGGCGGCAGAAGCUCAGCUGAAGAAUCCUGAUGCUAUUCCUGUGCUGCUGGGACCUGUGGGGUGCAGCGGUACUGCUGGCUGGCAGCAGAACCA